AGAACGUGUACCACCAUAAUACCGAUGCCACCGCUGCCUACUUAGCCCCCCCCAGCCACCUGAGCAAAAGAGUUGUGGCACCUAAUCCAUUAUUUGCUGCUGGGAUGAUCGUGGGCGUCCACCUUUCCCGCUAGCUAGCUUGUCGGCCCCUGCCCUCUCCCUCCACUGGCGCUGUCUACUCUCUGCGUCCUCCCCUGCCUGCUGUCUCCUUCUGUUGGCCUGCUCAAAGGUGUUCAUUCCCUGCCCACUCAACCUUUUCUCGUGAUUCACGACACACCCAUACAGUAGUUCUUGCUACUAGUAACACAUCGUAGCCAUACCCAGUAGUAUCCAUUGCUUUAUGGGUUGAUUGACCACCAUGUCUAACAAUAACAACAAUGAUGAUGAUGUCGAUCUUCUCAAGAUUGUGGAGUUGAGAUUGCAGCUAGGAUAUUCAGAAGAUGAUCAAGAAAACGAUCAGUCCAAACAAACCCAAGAUGAUCAUGAUGGUGGUUCCUCGAGCCGUUCUCCUCCUGCCCCUAGUCUUGCUGCCACUGCUGCUGUCCCUCCUCUUAUUCCAACAUCAACCACCACAAGUGGCUAUCUUGCCAGAGAAAGCAGUGCUACUGCAAGUAUUGAGACAGCUGGAGACUUGGAGCUGGUAGAACUCACCCAAACAAAUGGCACAAUAUUACCGAUGGGUGACAACAACAGCCACGACAGAACCACAGAUGAUGCGCAUUUGCCACUACAUACAAUUCCAAUGAGGCAACCCGAGUAUUUUGGACAACCACAAACUUGUCCUGGUGCCUAUGCUGUUGUUGGUCCAUGUUUUGCUACUGACAGACAGAAUCAUUCGAAUGCCGGUAGAAAUACUGGUACGAACGAGGAAGGCCUUGACAAUUGGGUUGAAGAAAUUGCAGACAAUGAUGUCAUUGCGCAUCCUAUAGACGAUGAACAGCAGAUAGACCUGUUACCCAAUGCAGUGCCACUACCAACCAACCAGAAAUCCAAAGCCUACUACUGGAGGCAAAAGUUGCUUUGUUUCCUUUCCGUCGAGAUCAAUGUGGCUCUUUUUGCAUCCAAACAAGGAAACAGAAAUCAGCUACCAAAUCAAAAUGGAUCAAUUCCUAUUCCUGCAAGUCCUGUGGAAGUCGCAACAGCGCAGACAUUUUUGGAGUCACUCAAUCUACCUCAGUACACACAAAAGGCACUGGCAAACUCCAGAUCUCCUCAGUCCAAGGCCUAUCAAUGGCUGGUCAACAACAUCAACAACCAAUCCUUCACCCAACCAGAUCUACCAAAAUGGAGACUAAUACAAAGAUUUGCUAUGGCCACAUUCUACUAUUCCACAAGAGGGGAUUAUUGGGUGAAACGUCGUGGCUGGCUGGAUUGGGAGACUAAUGAAUGCAGCUGGGAACAAAUUUUAAUAUCCGCGAAUUUCUCAUUCUCUCCCGACCUGUGCUGUAACAAGAUGGGAGAAAUCAAAGCUUUGUCAUUUUGGUAUGCCAAUAACAUGGAAGGAACAAUUCCUCCGGAGAUUUCCUUGCUGGCGAAAAGCUUGCAGUCAAUCGAAGUGAAUCGGCAAUUGCAACUCAAGGGAACCAUCCCCACUGAGUUGGGACUGCUGACAAAAUUGACUCAGUUGAAGUUGUUUGUAACAAACAUUGAUGGCUCUAUUCCAACCGAGAUUGGUCAACUGGAGAGUCUUCAGUUGCUUAAAGUUGAUUUGACACCAAUUCACGGGCAUAUUCCUUCUGAGAUUGGACAACUGUACAACUUAUUGACAUUGGUUGUGGGGAGAGCUGAUCUAACAGGUUCAGUACCAGAAGUCAUUCACAAUACAAAACAGCUUCGCUCGCUUAGCCUAUUAAGCCAAAGCAGUGGGUCAGUAUUGUCAAUUCCAUCCGAACUUGGCGUGCUGACAGAACUGAAACGCCUCCAAUUGAGAGACUGGACAAAUCAGGGCACUAUCCCGAGUGAGCUUGGGCAGUUGACAAAGCUGACCACCCUGGACUUGCAUGGGAACUCUAUCUCUGGAUUUAUGCCACGUGAGGUCUUUGAACUGACAGAGCUGACCAUCUUCGAGCUUGGCUCCAACCAGUUGCAGGGCACACUACCACCUGCUCUCUUUUCCAAACUUUCCCACUUGAAGUUCAUAUACAUCAACGACAACCUGUUCUCGGGCACUGUUCCUACAGAUGUGGGUCAAUUGUCUGAUCUCAGGAAACUGGAAAUGCAAAGUACUGCUCUAUCUGGCACCCUCCCUACAGAAAUACUCAUGCUGGAGCACCUGGAAAACUUGGUAGUCACAGACACAUCCUUGUCCGGCAGCAUCCCUGAAGAGCUGUGUGACAGAAUGUACCAGCAGGAAGUGAAAUGCUAUGGUCCUCCACCGUGUAAAGUCUUCCGAGUGAAUACCAGCACAACUGCUUGCCAUGGCACUUCCCUCUGUGGAUGUGAUUGUGGUCCUUGCAAACUUAAUUAA